AUGACUGUGCCCCAGUGCACGGACUAUAAAGACAAGGGUAGCUCAGUGAAGAUGUCCUGGCCUGUUUGUCCGAAUGAGAAUGAAACUCUCAGUAAACUGCAGGUGAACUUGCAGGGAGAUAAGAGGAAUGACACCUGGAUCUUUGCACUGGCCGUCCUCCUGAGCAGCACCUUGGUCUACAACAGCAUGGGCACCAUCAACCAUGAAGCUGUGAUGAGCCUUCAGUAUCCUUCCAUUCCUCCAGUCAGGGCUGAGAUCUCCUAUGUACAUGAGUUAGCUAAGCACAUCAAGGUGAAGUCAAGUGACAACGGUGAGACUGCGGCUUCUGUUGAGUUCAUACGCAUCUUCCCCCACUUUGUGUGGGUUGUGAGAGACUUCAUGCUGCAGCUUGAAUUAGAUGGAAAAACAAUCACUGCUGAUGAGUACCUGGAGAAUGCACUGAAGAAUAUUGUGGUAUCUGACAGCAACAACUCGAGAAAGUGCAUCCAGAAGUAUUUCCCCAGUCAGAAGUGCUUCGUGUUUGACGUCCCUGCCUCUAAGGAGAAACUGAAGAUAAUAGAGGAACUGAGCGAUGAAGACUUGCACCCUGAGUUUGUUAAGCAAACAUCUGAAUUCUGCAAUUACAUUAUCGAGCACUCCUAUGUGAAAACCAUUAAAGGAGAGACCAAAGUCACUGGGAGCAUGUUCGGAAACCUUGCAAAAAUAUAUGUGGAUGCCAUUCGGAGUGGGCAGGUUCCAUGCCUGGAGAAUGCGGUGGAGGCACUGGCGCAGAUCGAGAACUCUGCUGCAGUUGAGAAGUCACACGCCCUUUACUGGCAGUUGAUGGAAGAGCGAGUGAAGCUGUCCAUUGAGACACAGGAGGAGCUCUCCAACGUGCAUAAGGAAUGCAAGAAGGAGGCACUGCAGCUAUUUAUAGGUCAUUGCUUCAUGGACAAUGACCAGCACUACCAGAAUAAACUCAAGGAACAAAAGCAAAUUUUUGAGAGACAGGCUGAGAUGCAGAAGGAAGUGUUAAAUCGGGCAGUGAAAAAGAAGAAAAACUGUGUAAUUAUCUGA